AUGAGAAAUAUGGGGACAAUGGCACAAGCUGGGUCCAGUGUCCUAGUCUGGGUGGCCUGUCUACUCCUGGCAUUUCCUGCCACCGGCACUGGACCCAAAGUCCCUCUGCCUGAAGUGGAUACCCCCCUGGGUCGUGUGAGAGGCCGGCAGGUGGGUGUGAAGGGUACAGACCACCUGGUGAAUGUCUUCCUGGGCAUUCCGUUUGCUCAGGCACCAGUAGGCCCUCUGCGGUUCUCAGCCCCACUCCCACCACAGCCCUGGGAAGGUGUGAGGGAUGCCAGCACCAAUCCCCCAAUGUGCCUGCAGGAUGUAGAGAGAAUGAGCAACAGCAGAUUCACCCUCAACGAAAAGCUUCAGAUCUACUCUAUUUCUGAGGACUGCCUGAUCCUCAACAUCUACAGCCCCACUGAAGCCACUGCAGGGGCCAGACUGCCGGUCAUGGUAUGGAUCCAUGGGGGCUCUCUGGUAGUUGGUUCUGCCACCUCCCAUGAUGGAUCAGCCCUGGCUGCCUAUGGGAAUGUUGUAGUAGUCACUGUCCAGUACCGCCUUGGGAUCUUUGGCUUCCUCAGCACCGGGGACAAGCACAUGCCGGGCAACCGUGGCCUCCUAGAUGUGGUAGCUGCUCUACGCUGGGUGCAGGGAAACAUAGCCCCCUUUGGGGGUGAUCCCAACUGUGUCACUAUCUUCGGUAACUCUGCUGGUGGCAUUAUCGUCUCGUCCCUGGUCCUGUCUCCAAUGUCUGCGGGGCUCUUCCACAGAGCCAUAUCCCAGAGUGGGGUUAUCAACAGCAAGAUACUGAAGGAGAUGAACCCAUGGCCUGAAGCUCAGACCUUUGCCAGCUCCUUGGCCUGCAGCGCCGUAUCCUCGGCUGAGCUGGUGCAGUGUCUGCUGCAGAAGGAAGGAAGGGACCUUAACAAGCAGAAAAAUGUGAACAUUUCCUACAUAAUCAACGACUCCUUCUUCCCAAGAAGCCCGGAGAAGCUCCUAACAGAGAAGCAAUUCCCCACUGUGCCCUACCUCCUGGGAUUCAACAACCAUGAGUUUGGCUGGCUCAUACUCAAGGUCUGGAAUAUCCUGGAUAAGCUGGAACAUUUGAGCCAGGAGGAACUUCUGGAGAUUUCAAGGCCCUUCUUGGCCCUUAUGGAUAUGCCCCCUGAGAUUGUGUCCACCGUCAUAGAUGAAUACCUAGACAAUGGCUCAGACGGACCAGCUACAAGGUAUGCCUUCCAGGAACUGCUAGGCGAUAUCGUGUUCGUCAUUCCUACCUUGAACUUCUCAAGACACCUCCAAGAUGCCGGGUGCCCUGUCUUCUUGUACGAGUUCCAGCAUACACCCAGUUCUUUUGCAAAGUUCAAGCCAGCCUGGGUGAAGGCUGACCAUGGGUCCGAGAGUCCCUUCAUUUUUGGAGGUCCUUUCCUCACAGAUGAGAGCAACCUCCUGGCCUUCCCAGAGGCCACAGAGGAAGAGAAGCAGCUAAGCCUGACCAUGAUGGCCCAAUGGACCCAGUUUGCAUACACAGGGAACCCCAAUGGCAAGGGGUUGCCUUCUUGGCCCCAGUUAAACCAAUUAGAACAAUACUUGGAGAUUGGCCUAAAACCACGGACUGGGGUGAACCUAAAGAAGAACCGGCUACAGUUCUGGUCGGAGACACUGCCCAGAAAAAUCCAAGAGUGGCACCAACAGCAGAAGACCAGGAAAUCUCCGGAGGAACUCUGA